CACAGUAACUUCAAAAAUCUUACUGAGGAGAGUCUCAGGUUAGUUGAUCACUGACUGUAGGCAGCGAGCAAGUCACGUGAUGACUGACUAAUUGCACAUGAUCAGAACAUGAACUAAAUGUAGUUUAGGCCACCUCAUGACAAAAAAAAGACCACCUCAUGACAUGUGCGCUUCUGGAAAUGACGUUUACCUCCCUGUCGUUGUCUCCUUUAAUUUGAAUUCCAUGGGUAAAAUAGUCAAUGUCCAAAGUCACUCUCUAUUCCCAAGGCAGCAACAGACAAAACCAGACCCAAUCUCUCAAGCAAUCACUGAUUCUGUGGUAAAUAAAGAAGUCGAAGACACAAGGACUUUGGUUGAUCAAUGCUGUUUUCUUGGUCUAUCAAUGGACUCACAUUGCUCGCUUAGUGGACUCCUUCUACUCGCCUUCUGCUUACUCUGCUUCUUCACCGGAGAUUCAUCUGCUACGAGGCCUGGCGUCUUCUACACCAGACACAGAGGACGAUGCACGCCGCAGUAUUGGAGCAGCAGGAAGGAGGCAUGGCCGAGGAUGGUCCCCGAGAGAUCCACGGUGGAGAAAAUGUUCGGAGUGAUGGUGGCGAAGGAGCGUUGGAGAUCUGAUCUGACGCUGGUGGAAUCGACGGCCAGGAACGACGAGGAAGGGAACGCGUACGGUGCGCUGCUGAAGCAGGGGACCGCUGCUCUGCUCAACUCUUACGCGAGAAGGAGCUUUUCUUACGCGCCUUGGGAGGUGAAGACUAUGCUCAUUCAGGCCAUGAUCUCUGAGCCGGCUGCUCGCCGGCAAGCACAAAAGUUCAAAGCCGCUAACGUGGCUUGUGAUUAAACCUUGAGAAUCAGAUUUAAAAAGAUUAGUAGUCACUUUGUUGUACUUGUUAUUGUGGUUGUUGUUGCCUUGGUGGAUACGUAUUCGUUCUUUGUUAAAUCUUGAACACAAAGAAUCUAAGGAGGAACAUUUAAUAUGACUACUUUCUGUUUAUCAACAUUA